AUGCAGUUUCAUGAACAGCAACUUGAAGAUUCAUCUCACCUCAGCACGAUCCACAACAUCUCUGACGUGUCAAGAGCGCAAUCGCCCAUCUCUGUAGCAAGCACUGCAAGCACUGCAAGCACUGCAAGCACUUCAUCUUUACAGUCAGAGGAGGAAACGCCAAAGGGUAAGACAAAGAAAGCUAGAUCGAAGUCGGCUGAUUGGACCGAAAACGAGACUCAAGAUCUUUUGGAAGCGUGGGGGCUCAGGUAUAACCAGCUUCGAAGCGCCUCUCAAAAGGAAAAGAUCAAAAUAUGGAAUGAAAUUUAUUCAUUUUAUAAGAAUGCCUUUCCCGAGAGCCAGAGAACCCUUCAACAGAUCAAGAAACGCCACCAGAAUUUGGAGUACGAGUAUGAACACCUAAAACAGCGAACUCAGAAGACCGGAGAAGCUGGAAUAAAAAUCAUCAAAGAUGGCUUUCCAUAUUUUGAUUAUUUUGACGAAGUAAUAGGGCAUCGCGACUGCGUAAAUCCGGCAAAAAUGGCCGUUGAAGGAAGCUCCAUCUUUACUAGUACAGAGCAGAAAGGAGGCUCAGUAAAAAGAGGGCAGACGACAAGCCCGCAGAAAAGAGUUGCCGUAAGGGAAAACGACGACGUCGAGAUGAGCCAGAACCGAGUGGAUCUUCUGCAGGUGAAUUCCAGACAGCCUUUAUGGAAAUGUGGAGGCGUAGUAUUGAACAAGAUAACGAGAGAUUUGAACGUUCUGCUGAAAUGUUUCGCGAGGCCCAGAACAAGCAAAUGGAUCAAACAAACGCUAUACUUACAGGUUUUAAAGACAUUUUCAAAGACUUGCUGUCAAAGUAG